GCGUUGCCAAGGUGACCCGGGCGCGGGGAAGGCGGCGCGGGGAAGGCGCGGCGGGCGGCGGCGGCACCAUGAGCGGCCGGAAGCGCAGCUUCACCUUCGGGGCCUACGGCGGGGUGGACAAGUCCUUCACCCCUCGCCAGAGUGUGUGGAGGAGUGAUGGGCAGAACCAGCGCUUCCCUCAGGCACUAGACCUGUCACGAGUGGACUUAGUUCCCUCCUACACUGCUUCACGCUACCCCAAGAACACAGAUCUGUUUGAAAUGAUUGAAAAGAUGCAGGGAAGCAGGAUGGAUGAACAGCGAUGCUCCUUCCCACCACCCCUCAAAACGGAGGAGGACUACAUUCCUUACCCGAGCGUCCAUGAGGUCCUGGGGCGAGAAGGGCCCUUCCCCCUCAUCCUGCUGCCCCAGUUUGGGGGCUACUGGAUUGAAGGCACCAACCACGAAAUCACCAGCAUCCCUGAGACAGAGCCACUGCAGUCGCCCACAACCAAAGUGAAGCUUGAGUGCAACCCCACAGCCCGUAUCUACCGGAAGCACUUUCUUGGCAAGGAGCAUUUCAAUUACUACUCACUGGACACUGCCCUUGGCCACCUCGUCUUCUCACUCAAGUAUGAUGUCAUCGGGGACCAAGAGCACCUGCGGCUGCUGCUCAGGACCAAAUGCCGGACGUACCACGAUGUCAUCCCCAUCUCCUGCCUCACUGAGUUCCCCAAUGUGGUCCAGAUGGCAAAGCUGGUGUGUGAAGAUGUCAACGUGGAUCGGUUCUAUCCUGUGCUCUACCCCAAGGCUUCCCGGCUCAUCGUCACCUUUGACGAGCAUGUUAUCAGCAAUAACUUCAAGUUCGGAGUCAUUUAUCAGAAGCUUGGGCAGACCUCCGAGGAAGAACUCUUCAGCACCAACGAGGAAAGUCCUGCCUUCGUGGAGUUCCUUGAAUUUCUUGGCCAGAAGGUCAAACUGCAGGACUUUAAGGGGUUUCGAGGAGGCCUGGACGUGACCCACGGGCAGACGGGGACCGAGUCUGUGUACUGCAACUUCCGCAACAAGGAGAUCAUGUUUCACGUGUCCACCAAGCUACCCUACACAGAAGGGGACGCCCAGCAGUUGCAGCGGAAGCGGCACAUUGGGAAUGACAUCGUAGCUGUGGUCUUCCAGGACGAGAACACUCCCUUCGUGCCCGACAUGAUCGCAUCCAACUUCCUGCACGCUUACGUGGUGGUGCAGGCGGAGGGCGGGGGCCCUGAUGGCCCCCUCUACAAGGUGUCUGUCACAGCAAGAGACGAUGUGCCCUUCUUUGGGCCCCCCCUCCCGGACCCCGCUGUGUUCAGGAAGGGGCCUGAGUUCCAGGAGUUUUUGCUGACAAAACUGAUCAAUGCUGAAUAUGCCUGCUACAAGGCAGAGAAGUUCGCCAAACUGGAGGAGCGGACGCGAGCCGCCCUCCUGGAGACGCUCUAUGAGGAGCUGCACAUCCACAGCCAGUCCAUGAUGGGGCUGGGCGGCGACGAGGACAAGAUGGAGAAUGGGGGCGGCGGGGGCGGCUUCUUCGAGUCUUUCAAGCGGGUCAUCCGGAGCCGCAGCCAGUCCAUGGAUGCCAUGGGGCUAAGCAACAAGAAGCCCAACACCGUGUCCACUAGCCACAGUGGGAGCUUCACACCCAACAACCCCGACCUGGCCAAGGCCGCCGGAAUAUCAUUGCUUAUUCCUGGGAAAAGUGCGAGUAGAUUCGGACGCCGGGGCAGUGCCAUAGGCAUAGGAACCGUGGAAGAGUCACUAAUUGUCCCCGGGAAGAGCCCCACGAGGAAGAAGUCGGGCCCAUUUGGCUCCCGCCGCAGCAGCGCCAUCGGCAUCGAGAACAUUCAGGAGGUGCAGGAGAAGAGGGAGAGCCCUCCGGCUGGCCAGAAGACCCCAGACAGCGGGCACGUCUCCCAGGAGCCCAAAUCGGAGAACUCAUCCACUCAGAGCUCCCCAGAGAUGCCCACGACCAAGAACAGAGCGGAGACGGCAGCCCAGAGGGCAGAAGUGCUGAAGGACUUCUCCCGCUCCUCGUCCAGUGCCAGCAGCUUCGCCAGCGUGGUGGAGGAGACAGAGGGCGUGGACGGGGAGGACACAGGCAUGGAGAGCGUCUCGUCCUCGGGAACGCCCCACAAGCGGGACUCCUUCAUCUAUAGCACGUGGCUGGAGGACAGUGUCAGCACCACCAGUGGGGGCAGCUCCCCAGGCCCCUCGCGGUCACCCCACCCAGACACCGGCAAGUCGGGGGACCCUGCGUGUCCCGAGAUCAAGAUCCAGUUGGAAGCGUCUGAGCAGCACACGCCCCAGCUGGGCUGUUAGCCAGGUCGCCCCUCUGAAGGUGACACUGAGCAGGUGAGGCUGCAGAAGCACAAGGCGAAGAUGCUGUGUCAAGUCCAGGCAGAUGGAACCUCUGCCCCCAAGGCCAACACCAGCCUGCGGGCUGCCCCCUGCCUCCCCCACCUCCCCUUGGCCCACCCAUCUGGGCUGUCUCUGCAGGGCAGAGCCAUCCAGACCUGGGAUUGGGGAAGCUGCUGGCAUCGUCCCCACACCCUAGGCUGGGGGUCCGGGCUGGGGCAGGGCUUGGUCAGUUGCAAUAGGCCUGCAGGCCUGGCUUGCCCCCACCCUGGGCCUCCAUGACCCCUGAGUGUCCCUCUGGACUGAGGGGGAGCAAGGCGGGAAGAGAGGGAUUGAGAUAGCUCAGAGCACAGAGCCUGCCAUGGAGGCAGCGAGUGUGAGCGUGGGAGUGAGCACUGGACUGGGAGUACCGAGUCCUGGCUUCUGGUUUGGAUCUGCUGUGUGACUCUGGGCAAGUCACUCUGCCUCUGGGGACGCCUUUGCUGCAAAUUGACAAGAUUAUUUCAGAGGUCACUGAAGACUGUGAUUCCAUGCCCCUGUCCCAGAAGGGGGGAUUGUCCCCCCAGGGACCUCCCAUCACCCUACCCUGCUUCUUGAGGUCCUUGGGGCCACUGGUGGGCUGAAGGGCAGGGAGCCGGCUGUGCCCAUUGCCCCUCCUGGGCCUUCAGUCUCUACCACAGAUCUGCCAAUGCCCUGUCCACUGCCUACAUGUGACAGACAAGUGACCCCUUAUGGGGGAAUAGGGACCUACCUGGCUCCUCAGCCAGCACCCAGCUUAACCCCUGCCACCCCAUGCUCCUGGGCACUGCAGGCCCAGGGCCUCAGCUGGCCUAGAGUCGCAGGCCUUGCCUCCCCCACCACUGCCAUGGAGGGGGCAGCCAGGCCCGUCUGCUGGGAGUCCGUGUUCUUGUGUGUGUCUGUCCACACUUUUUAGGCUCCACGCCAAAGGCCAGCCUCCCGGCCCCAACACCCAUUUUGGAAGCCCCUGUGGCUGUGUGUAUGUCGGUAACAGUUGUACAAAAUAAAUUCUAUUUAUCGCUAUUGUA